AUGGUCGCGAAGGUGGAAGUAGACUCUGCGAAGAAGGAGGAGAUGGAGAAGGUGGUGGUCGAGGAUGGAUCUGACGAUUCUGAUGAUGACGCACCAGGUCUUGAUGGUGAGCUGACAGAGGAACAGAAGAAAGUCGCGGAGGCAGCUGGACUGGGAGAUCAGAUGGACAAGCAAGUGAAACAGAGCCGCUCUGAGAAGAAGGUAUUCGACUUGACCAAGUUCAACCCGCUAGCGUUGGAUAUUGGCUGUGGUGUGGGUCAUAUUGCUCCACACAUGAUCAAAGAGAAUGUAGGCACCCUUAUACAGUGCGAUAUGAGUGAGGAGAUGGUCAAUCGGAGCCAUGGAUGCGAUGAUAGUGAAGUAGGUAUUUCAUGGUUGUUAUGGGUAACGUUGAGCAGUCCUCAGUUCAAUAAAACUUUUGCUGAUUUUACCGACUAA